UUGUUAUUCAUAGUAUUUUCUUUUUGCAGAGAUGGAUGUGGUAAGACGAAAGCAUGUCUCUUCAAGCCGGCUGGUUGUGAUCCAAAUCUUGAUUGUACAAUCGGUUUAAUAUUUUCCGUUGUGGGACCAAAUAAGUUGCGCAUAGAAAUGGUAGCGACUUCGUUGAUACCAUCUGUACAGCAGCAAUACAUUGCUAUUGGGUUCUCGAACGACACCAUUAUGGCAAGUUCUUUACAAAGUGGAGAUGACUACGUGACCGAAUGCGUGUUGAGCAACAUGGGAGAGUUUUCCGGAUGGGAACCGGAGGUUUUCGUUUCGUACAACCACGGAAAAUCAAAUGAUCGCAUUUUCCUGAAUGAUGAUGAGCAUCGUGCGCUGAUUUCGAACAUCUCGUCGCAUGUGAUCGACGGUCGUUUGGUGUGUCAUUUCACUCAACAGAUCAUUCCUCAAAUAGAUCGUAAAAACGGGCUCGUCGGAAACCUCGACAAGGACUUCUUUAUCAUGGGUGCUACUGGCAGCGCUCAACCAGACGGUACGUAG